AUGGAAAUUUCAAAGGAUCACUUUAUUGCUGGUGUCAUUGGUGGAGUUGCCUCCCUUUUCCUCGCUAUGGCAGCAAGAAAUGUAAUGUUCAAACAUAGAAGAGGUAAAUGGAUGAGAAACAGACAACAAUCUGAAGUUGUUACUAUGAAUUCAGAUAAUAUGCCAGCUGCAAUUGGACCAUAUUCAAAGGGUAAAUUGAUCAAGCUCCAAGAUGGUAGCUCCAUGGCUUACUCAUCAGGCCAACUUGGUCUAGAUCCCAAGACCAAUGAACUCAUCAGUGAUGACGUCGAGGAGCAAGCUCAUCAAGUAAUCAAGAAUUUGAAGGCUCUCGCUGAGGAUAAUGGAAUGACUCUUCAAGAUACUGUGAAAAACGUAGUUUAUUUAGUGGAUAUGGCUGACUUUGCCAAAGUUAAUGAAGUCUACAAGAAAUACUAUUCAGCUGAAUAUCCAGCCAGAACCUGUAUUGCAAUCAAGGCUCUUCCUAAAGGAGGAAAAGUUGAGAUUGAAUCAGUAUUCUUCAAGGCCGCUGAAAAGAAGGGAUGCUGUGCAGGACACUGA